UUGAAAGUUUGCUGUAAUAUUAUUUCUAAGGAUUUCUGUUUUUCCUGGAAGUCUAUACGUGAUCACAGAAUUUAGGGUGUUUAAUUGAUUUUAAAGUUUGUGUAGUGUGAAUUGGGAUAAUUAUUGAAUAUUCUAUCUAUUAGGUAUAUUAGUUGUUACCAGUCUGUAACUCUGGGUGGGAACAUAUUUUCACCGUGUUUAUAUUUGGUCUUAUUGAGUUAUAAGACCUCCGACAGUGGGAAUUCUUGGAGAAAAUUACAGAAGUCAAGGAAAUAUCCAGAGUGGUGGUUUUAGAACUGUAUAACAUGAGCUGUGUGUACACCAAACCAUCCCAAAACCAGUACACGAAUUAUUGCGAGUCAUUGCAGACCUCGCCGUAUUGUCAGCAGAUUUUGCAUCGAAUGAAGUUGUGGUCUAUGCGAAAGGACAAGAUUAAGAAAUUUAAGACAACAGUUUUUAGACGACAUAUCAAGAUGCCUACAGUCGUUACAGUUACUUGGGUGGGAGCCUAAAGAGCUACAAUUUCAUUAGGAGCUCACGACGAGUUCGAACAAUUCUAUACAAAAUGGUUGCUCAAAAGAUCACCUGUCCGUGUCCGAGCGACGAUAUCGGAAGUCAGUACGACACAAACACCAAAAGAUAUGGUUUUUUCGCAAACGAGUCUCAAUACUCACAGUCAUUUGAAAGUGGUAGAGCUAAAUCGUUUAAAGCCAGAGAAGGUGAACGGCACAACCGGAGUGAUUACCGGCGGAAAUACUCAACCAGCGGAACCUCAGCCUGCGCCCACCACCAGCUUUUCAGAGGUAUUUUUGAAACCGGAGCCCCAAUUCGAGAGCACAAUGUUCAACGAAACCGAUUGCGAAUUCUUCCAAGAUCUGGUAAAGUGGUGCUCAGAUCCCGCGAAGGAAGAACUGGUCGAGACUGAUUCCCUAAAACAACGUGAAGAAAGCUCACACAACACUGACACACUACACACAACAUUCUCGCCGCAAGGCUGGGAUGUAUUGGACGUUAACUCUCCAGUCCAGGCAGGGUAUUACAACACUACACCUAAUGACCCACUGUCACCUACUAUGAGCGGAUUGCCCACAUUUGAUAGCAAAUUCUCCUUUAAAACUGACGAGGAAGACACGAAAAACUUACAAUACAAAGAACAAAUGUGGGAUAUACCAAACCUGCCUGUGGUGUUAGGGGACUUAGCGUCUGAGGAGAUGGCCGAUUUUAACCCGAACCCCAUAACGGGGGAAGUCGGCUUCUACAAUCACACUUUCGAGUUACACGACACAGAAUACACUCCAGCAAUGAACACACAGAAAAUGUUACUCAUGGACGAAGAGGAUUCCGUCGACCUGAAACUGAAUGCAGUAAUACCAAGUGAGGUCGAGAACAACAACAUUGUGGUCACGGAAUGCAUCAUCGGCGAUAAAGGAGUUUUGGAGAGGCGUCGCCCAGAUCGGCGCGGUGCCGGACUCACUCUCGAGGUGCCGCCAGCCGCGCCGUGGGCGGCAGGGACUAUCAGUACACCUGAAGUCCUCAGUUACGUCGAGCAAUUGGAAAAGGAGAAAGGACCUAUACCAAUAGCGAGACCAACUCAGCCAUGGCCAUUGCAGGACAUGGGAUAUGUGUCCACUGUUACAAGCUCGGAGAUUACAUCAAUUCCACCAUCAGACUACGAGCCCAACACUCCUAAGAGCGAAUCUCAUCUGGAAUCCGACGUAGAAGACGCGAAAUCCUGCUCCAGCUCAAGAAAGCGUCGCAACAGUGAAGAUUCAGAUGAAACUUAUACGCCUUACACAGAAUACACACCUCGCAAGUAUAAGAGAAGAAAGCCUUCCAUACCGAUAAAAGAUAUGAUACUAGCUCUGGAAGAGUCACAGCAGCUGCGGAAGGCGAAGCGAGGUCGCCCUCCGAAAAGAAGAGAAAGCACAGUUUCGUCAGUGUGCAGUAUGGAUGACAACACAUCGACCGCGUCUACACAUGAAUUAGUAUAUAGGAGACAAAGAGAUAAAAAUAAUGAAGCAUCUAAAAGAUCGCGAAUGAACAGGAAACUCAAAGAACUCCAAACGGAACAGUUAGCAAUAGAGCUAGAAGAAAGAAAUAAAAAAUUGAAAGUUAAAGCCGACAUACUAGAAGAUAUGACAAAAAGAUUGAAAGAUGCAUUAAUGACAGCAAUAUUGCAAAAAUAAAUAGGUACAGUAUAUUUGGUCACUAAAUUGUACAAAAGUUGAAACUUUGAGUUUCCUGGUCGUUCUUGGGACAUCUAUCACUGAGAUAAUGUUGUAAUUACUUACUUGUAAAAAAGUACAUUCGUGGUGCCUAUAUUUGUUUCCUGAAUGUAUCACGAAUAUAAGUAGUUUGCGAUGUUUUCGAAGAUUAUGGGUAGAUUACAGUAGUUAUAAAAUAGCAAUGCAUUUAAGGCUAAUUUUAUUGUAAAAAAAUUACUAAAUAAAUGUAAAAAAAAACAGAAUAUACCUACUGAUAAAUAAAUAUAGAAUUUAAGAAAUUAAUAAGUUAUUUAAAAUUGAUGUGUGUUAUAUCUUGAAUAUGUUUUUUUAUUACUAUUAUUGGUAGUUUGUGCUACAUCCAUACUAGUUAAUUGAUGUAUUAUUGUUAAUCUUAGACAAUGUUACGUAGGUACGUAAUGUACUAGUAAUACUUAUAUAAAAAGUACUAAUCUGAUGUAGUUUAAGAGUUCUAGCUAAGAUUACAAAAAUUGGAAACAUGUAAUGCAUGCUAUUAAAAAGGUUUUUAUUGGUAUAUUCUUUCUUCUAUUAUGAAAUAAAUAAUUACUACUACAAUAAAAUAAUUACAGUACCACAA